AUGUCGGGAUCUGUUCGACACGGAGACGAAAUCUUGCAGAACGUUGAGCACCCAUUCGAUAAAGAUGUCGACGAGCGGGAAGCAACAGAACUCGAACCCGUGCAACAUGUACACCAAAAUAUAGCUGGAAGGUCGUCCUCGACCAAUGCGUCGAACAAUCCUGGCACCGGUAGAGAAGCUCCAAUUCUCAGUGGCUUGAGGAGAUGGUGGAAGCAUUAUAUCCAAUUACACGUACCUCACGCAGAUUGUAGAGAUCACCUCGCGGGCCUCUUUCAAAGCGCUGCCAUUGUCGUGAUCAUUAUUGGCGCCCAUCGCUUCUGGCGUCAACAGAUGAACAUGGCCAGAGGUAGAGUCUGGGCUGGUGGUUGGGAGAUAUGGACUAUCAUGGGGUUCAUGUUGCUUCUUCUCCUGUUUGUGUUUGGUCUGUUGAUCGCCUGCGAUGUAACAGCGUAA